AUGGCGACCAUUCCCUCCCACAACCUUCUUCUCCCUAAACCGAUCAACCAAUCAGCUCACUCUCUUUCCUUCAAACCACACUCUUCUCUUCUCAAAUUCACGGCGAGAUCAUCUCCCACGAGGGCUGUCUCCACAACCGACGGAGCUUCAGUAUCCUCAAGGCUCGAGCCGCUGGAGAAUUACGGGAUCACAGCGGCUGAGGAUGUUCGCCGACGAGACAGAGAAGCUAAAGAAUCAAAGAGUUUAAAAGACACGUGGAGGAAGAUACAAGGGGAAGAUGAUUGGGCCGGACUAAUGGACCCGAUGGACCCAGUUCUAAGAUCAGAGCUAAUCCGUUACGGAGAAAUGGCCCAAGCCUGUUACGACGCUUUCGAUUUCGAUCCGUUUUCACGAUACUGCGGAAGCUGUAGAUUUACGCGCCACAAGCUCUUCGACUCGCUUGGGAUACACGAUUCAGGAUACGAGGUGGCGCGUUACCUCUACGCGACUUCCAACAUCAACCUCCCUAACUUCUUCUCCAAAUCGAGAUGGUCCAAGGUGUGGAGCAAGAACGCGAACUGGAUGGGAUACGUCGCCGUCUCCGACGAUAGCGACGCCACGCGCCUCCGUCUCGGACGCCGAGACAUCGCCAUCGCGUGGAGAGGAACCGUCACGCAGCUCGAGUGGAUCGCUGAUCUCAAGGACUUUCUCAAACCGGUUUCCGGUAACGGAUUCCGGUGCCGUGACCCGGCCGUUAAAGCCGAGUCCGGGUUUCUCGAUCUCUACACGGACAAAGACACGUCGUGCAACUUCUCGAAAUUCUCGGCGAGGGAGCAGGUUUUGACGGAGGUGAAGCGGCUGGUGGAGAGAUACGGCGACGAGGAGGGAGAUGAUCUGAGUAUCACGGUGACGGGGCACAGUCUCGGCGGUGCGUUGGCGGUGCUGAGCGCGUAUGACGUGGCGGAGAUGGGGUUGAAUAGGACGAAGAGAGGGAAGGUUGUUCCGGUGACGGUGUUUACUUACGGUGCGCCACGUGUUGGGAAUAUUCGGUUUAAGGAGAGGAUGGAGGAGUUGGGAGUUAAGGUGUUGAGGGUUGUUAACAAACACGACGUCGUUCCGAAAUCGCCGGGACUGUUUUUGAAUGAGCACGCGCCGGACGCGCUUAAGCAGUUGGCGGGAGGGUUGCCUUGGUGUUACUGCCACGUGGGAGAGAAGCUAGCGUUGGAUCAUCAGAACUCCCCGUUUUUGAAGCCGUCCGUUGAUCUUUCUACGGCUCAUAACUUGGAAGCUCUUCUCCAUCUCCUUGACGGGUAUCAUGGGAAAGGUCAGAGAUUCGUAUUAUCAAGUGGAAGAGAUCCAGCUUUAGUGAACAAAGCGUCUGAUUUUCUGAAAGACCAUUUUAUGGUACCUCCCUAUUGGCGCCAAGAUGCGAACAAAGGAAUGGUUCGGAACACUGAUGGUCGUUGGAUUCAACCGGAUCGCAUCCGUGCAGAGGAUCACCAUGCUCCUGACAUUCUUCAUCUUCUCACCCAACUCCAUGAUCACCCUUCUUCAUAA